UAGGGUCACAUGGUCUCUCUCAUGGGCAGGUAACUUAGGGAAGGAGAGGAGAGAGGGCGAAAGAAAGAUUUUUUAAAAAUAUAUGCCGAAGCCUGAGUUCCUGCCAUGAUGUCAAAGGGACAGAAGCUCACAGCUUGUUGAUUUCCUCUCCCAGUCAGACCCAGGGAGAAAAGAGAUCCAUCCCAACCAGUUGUCUCUCCCUGUGGUCAUGACGGCUUCUUCGCACAGUGACUCUGUGGUGGUCUUGUUUGGGGCAACAGCUGGUGCAUAUGGGGCUAAGCUGGGUUCCGAUGAGAGGGAACUAAUUCUCUUGGUGUGGCAAGUUGUGGAUCUACACAGCAAGAAGGUAGGGACGCUGCACAAAUGCUUGGUGAAAGCAGACAACUUGGAGUUGAGCGACCAGUGUCAAGAAGUGACAGGCUUAACCCCCGAGGGACUGAGCAAAGCAGAGCCGUUGGAUCGGGUUCUCCAACAGUUCAGUCAGUUGGUAUCCAGUGACCUGAAGGCACUAGGGAGAAACUCCUACACAUUCUGCACAGAUGGCCAGUUACUCAUUCGGCAGGUCCUUCAUCCAGAGGCCUCAAAAAAGAACCUCCUGUUGUCUGAUUGCUUUUAUUCCUUUUACGAUCUACGCAAAGAAUUUCACAACUGCUACCCUAACUCGGCCUCCUUGAAGGAUCAAACUAUCCAGUCCAUGGCUGAAUAUAUUGGCUUUGCGAUAGACGAAACGGAGGAGGAUUUUGGGGUAUGGCAAGUGAAAGCCAUGGUGGCCAUAAUUUUCAACAUGCUUUCAGAUACGUGUGUUGCAGAGCACACGUUUACUGACCCAGAGACUGUGAAAUACAAGUAUGAAACAGGACCCUGUAGUAAGUCAGAAGCAGUAGACAGUGAAACUGUAAUACGUGCCAGAGGACUCCCUUGGCAGUCUUCCGACCAGGACAUCGCUCGGUUUUUCAAAGGACUUAACAUUGCCAAAGGCGGCGUGGCUCUGUGUCUAAAUGCCCAAGGAAGGCGGAACGGAGAAGCCCUGGUCCGAUUUGUCAACUCCGAACAGAGAGACUUGGCCCUGGAGAGGCACAAGCAUCACAUGGGGAGCAGGUACAUAGAGGUUUACAAAGCAACUGGAGAAGAGUUUCUAAAGAUUGCUGGAGGCACCUCCAAUGAAGUAGCCCAGUUCCUGUCCAAGGAGAAUCAGGUUAUCAUCCGGAUGCGAGGGCUUCCGUUCACAGCCACCCCUGAGGACGUCUUGGGCUUCCUUGGGCCCGAGUGCCCGGUCACAGGCGGGAAGGAGGGGCUUCUCUUUGUCAAGUACCCGGACGGCAGGCCCACGGGCGAUGCUUUUGUCUUGUUUGCCUGUGAAGAGUAUGCACAGAAUGCACUUAAAAAGCACAAGGAGAUCCUUGGCAAACGCUACAUUGAACUCUUCAGGAGCACAGCGGCAGAAGUCCAGCAGGUCCUUAACAGAUACAUGUCAACGCCUCUGAUUCCCACACUUCCCACUCCCAUCAUUCCUGUCAUACCUCCUCCUUACACCAUCGCUGCUGGAAGCGUGCGAGAUUGUGUCCGGCUUCGAGGUCUGCCAUACACCGCUGGAAUCGACGACAUCCUGGAGUUCAUGGGAGACGCCACGGCGGAUAUCAAGCCCCAUGGAGUCCACAUGGUCCUUAAUCAACAAGGCCGUCCAUCCGGCGACGCUUUUAUCCAGAUGAAAUCUUCGGACCGGGCUUUCCUGGUGGCUCAGAAGUGCCACAAGAAGAUGAUGAAGGACCGUUACGUGGAAGUCUUCCAGUGUUCAGGAGAGGAGAUGAAUUUUGUUUUAAUGGGUGGCACUUUAAAUCGUAGUGGCUUGUCGCCUCCCCCGUGUAAGUUACCAUGUCUGUCACCUCCAGCCUACACCGCUUACCAGACGGCGGCGGCCAUGCUCCCGGCAGAAGCGGCAAUAUACCAGUCACAAGCGCUCUUACCCCCCAGCAGGACUCAACAGGCUUCAGCAGCAGCAGCUGCUGCCGCUGCUGCAGCUGCCGCCAGUCCAGCUGUUACUUACUAUCCGACUCAGGCUGCUCAACUUUAUAUGAACUACACAGCGUAUUACCCCAGCCCUCCGGUGUCCCCGACGACAGUGGGGUACAUUACUGCUCCCCCAGCAGCUGUGGCAGCUGCCGCAUCGGCCACACACACUCCUAUGCUACACCAGCCUGGCGCUCUUGUCCGGAUGCAGGGAUUACCCUACAACGCGGGCAUGAAAGAAAUCCUCAGUUUCUUCCAAGGCUAUCAGUAUGCCCCCGAAGACUACAGUGGCCUCGUGCAGCUGAGCGACCAAGCCAGGAGUGUGUUACAAGCACCGAAAGAAUGGGUCUGUUUGUAACUGUUUGUAACCUCUGAUGAAGCUCCAUGCGGAUUCCAUCCUCCCGCUUUACAACUUCAGCGGGCAGCCCAGCGGAGAAGCCCUGGUCACCUUCCCCAGCCUGGACUCGGCAAAGAAAGCCGUGGCCGAGAGGAGCGGACUCCU